AUGGCGAAUAAGAUAGCCGUCUUGGGCUUGUCUUCCAUAUUACUGGUGGCAGCCGUCAUCGGAGUUGUCACCGUCUCGAAAAGAGGCGGUGAAUCGUCCGAUGGCACUGAGAACUUGGGCGGAGGAAUAUCAACCACUACUAAGUCUGUUGAGUCGAUCUGCAAGUCCACCGACUACAAGGACACGUGCACGAGCACUUUGGCUCCGGCGGCUGGCAACAUUAGUGAUCCUAAAGAGCUCAUUAAGUUAGCCUUUAAUGUCGCGGUCGAGCAUAUCUCGUCCGCCAUGGCGAACUCUUCGGUUCUUCAACAGGCGGAGACUGAUCCUAGAACGCAUGAUGCCUUCGAGAACUGCAAAGAGCUUCUCAACGACUCCAUGGAUGAUCUCCGGGAUUCCAUGGAUAAGUUCUCCAAUUUCGAUGUUACUGGGAUUGAUGAGUUCUUCUCCGAUCUCAAAACUUGGCUAAGUGGAGCCUUAACUUUUCAGGGAACGUGCUUGGACGGUUUCGAGAACACCACAGGGGAUAGCGGCGAGAAGAUGAAGAAACUCCUCCAAGUCUCGGGUGAAUUGACGCGUAAUGGUCUUGCUAUGGUUGAUGCCUUUGCCGACACCAUUACGAAUCUCAACCUCUCCGCCCUAACCGGACGUAGACUCCUUUCGGAUGACGGUCUCCCCUCGUGGAUCGAUGCCGGCAAACGCAGCCUGCUCGAAGCUCCUGCAACUGCCUUUACUCAAACCAACGUUAAUGGUCCCUUGACUCCUAAAGUCACCGUGGCCUUGGACGGAUCAGGCGAUGUGAAAACCAUCGCUGCCGCUCUCCUAAGAGUGCCGAAGAAGAACAAGACUCCUUUUGUUAUUCAUAUUAAGGCUGGCAUCUAUCAAGAGUAUCUCGAGAUUGGAAGGAAGAUGAGUAAUGUUGUUUUGAUUGGAGACGGACCGACGAAAACUAGGAUUACCGGAAACAAGAAUUUUGUCGACGGAAUUAACACCUUUAGGACUUCGACUGUUGUUGUCCAAGGAAAUCACUUCUUUGCAAAGGGAAUUGGAUUCGAGAACAGCGCCGGAGCCAAAAAACAUCAAGCGGUCGCCCUCCGUGUAUCUUCCGACAUGGCAAUGUUCUACCAAUGCGACAUGGACGGUUAUCAAGACACCCUCUACGUCCACGUCCAUCGUCAAUACUAUCGCGAGUGCAAAAUCUCGGGCACAAUCGAUUUCAUCUUCGGGGACGCCAACUCGUUAUUCCAAAACUGCACCAUGAUUGUAAGACAGCCUCUAGAGAACCAGGGCUGCAUGGUCACGGCUCAAGGGCGCGACGACAAACGCGAGAACACGGGCAUAGUCCUACAAAAGUGCACCAUCUCGGCCGCGCCCGAGUUCACCUCGUCACCUUACAAAAUCUCGGCUUACCUUGGUAGACCAUGGAAACAAUUCUCAAGGACCAUUAUCAUGCAAACACAAAUCGAUGGUUUCAUUGAUCCAACUGGAUGGGCUCCAUGGGCCGGUUCAUUUGGAAUAGAUACUUUGUUUUAUUCUGAAUAUGCCAAUACUGGUCCGGGUGCGGACAAGAGCAAUAGAGUUAAAUGGGCCGGAAUUAAGACCAUAACCGCCCAAGAUGCGGUCCAAUUCACCGGAGCCCGUUUUAUUGCCGGGAAUUUAUGGGUUAAGCCCUCCGGUGUGCCUUAUGACGCCGGCAUGUAG